UCUGGCUUCAUUGCCUAUUCGUAUGGUUGUGAUAUGACGGCUAGAAUAGUUGUGAUAAUGCUGAAUUCCAAUAUGCAGAUCUGGAGCGCUCCUGGAUCAAUUUUUUAUGUUCUUUUGGGGGCAAGUCUGUUCCAAUGACAGAUUGGGAGCGCGGAACGCCUGUUGCAAUCAUUCCAAUGGCAGAGAUGAAGAGCUGGCUGAUCUCGAUUUGAGAGCGCCCCGCGGUCUGCGGAACCAAUGCCGGAACAUACCAGACCGCUCCGCCGAAAUCCGCGGAUUCGACCGGAAGUUUGCCUGACGUGCUUCUUCCAGCAUCCAUUGACUGGAUCACCUGUGUGUAGCCGACGAUACAAAAACGACAGCGCAGACGAUGUGCCAGACAGAUAUAGUGGCUGGCGCGGACAAUCUGUCUCGUGCGGCACGUUGCAGCGGAGCAAAGUAUAGCGCCACUGCCUCGCUUAUCCGGAGAUCGCCAGAGGCAGCGCGUGGGUGACGCGUGGGCGCGAUUCACAGCAGCCGCAGCAGACAGACCUGCCGGACGACGCGCGCUACUCUGGCGCCACCUCGUAGCCGUCGUCGCGUCUCUUUGUAUCGUCUAGAAGACUUCCGAGCUGUUGCUGCUUGCCCAUGGGGGAGGCUUAAAGCCCGUCUAGGGCGGCACUACGCCUUUCGUCCCCCGCUUUCGCCAUACCCUCCUCCGCUAUUCUCCUCCCGCUCUCUUCGCCGUCUUUCAUCCGCCGCUGCGCUCCGCGUUCGCUCUUUCAUCCUUCGUUUUGCUCAUUUGAUCGGUUACGCCGACGCUCGCCCCAGGAACGGGCGCAAGAGCUGCGCUCUAAAAUCAAACGUUCCCGCGGCACUAGUGACAUGCUUCUCGAGAAAAUUGUGGCUCGCAAAGCAGCCUCUCGGGUUCAAGGGUGAGGAAAUCGCCCUGGACGACGACAAGGUAGCGCUUGCAGGUACUCAAAAAGACGAUCUCUUCCAUUCGCCAAACCAAGUCUGAACUAGUGAAGCUUACAGCGGAGGCCACCGCUUAAAUGAAAAGUACGUAAGAGAGAUAUAGCGCACAUUCUCAGAGUUCACAUUUGAGUUUUUAUGCACCAAUAUACCUGAAGCUGAUCCGCACGCAAACAUGCCACGAGAGUGCAGCAGAAACGUUUGCCGUUCAUAAAAAGGGAAAAGGUGUCAUUUUGGCGUGAAUAAUGCCGAUACUUUCGCAUGCGAUGCGCCCCAUGCUUGCUCUGGUAGUGUUCCAAUGUGGAUUCGCAGCGAGUGCUCUCUGCCGAAGGACGGCACUUAACCGUGAUUCUGGACCGCUCUGGAUCUGCCACUGAAAUUUAACAUAAGAAUCGAGCCCUUCGAAUAUCCUCUUAUCGUCUUCAAGGACCCCUCCCUACAGCCCCAUCAGAAAUUUUGGUUACGUCCAUGGAAGCGCCGUUCAGGGUGUGUGUCCUACGUACGACUCCACUGUUGCUGUUCUACCUGCUGCUUGAAUGGGGCGUGAUGCUGCUGGCUUCCAUCAGUGACUGGGCCUUUGGAUGCUAUGUCCUGGAUGCUUUCACCGGUUUAACGCAACCAGGCCUGCUGGGAAGGUGUGACAGACUGGGGCAACCUAGAAGCUUGGCCCAAUGGUUUGAAAAGGUGGCUACCGUAGACAGUGGCUGGGUGGACGACACAAAGCUCUUUGGCCACAGCUUCACAGGAAAUAUAUUGUUUUUACUAGGACUUCACUCAACUGCCUGUUGUCAAGUGGUGCUGAUCAAGAGGUCCAUGCCUGCUGUUCACAGUCAUAAUGCGGACAAGCAAAAAGGUCCCUGAAAUGGCUUUUGAAAUUCGCCUAGACACAGAGAGUAUCUUUCAAGGAAAGCUUUCUCACAAAAAGUUCAUGUCAGUGCUCUAUAAUAAAACAGCUACGAGUGGUUAUAAAUUA